UCACCGCCGCAGUCAAGCUGCCACUGUUAUCCAGCACAUGGCCAGAAGAUUCCUUCUGAGACGCAGGAAAGAAAAGUUUCGGCAUGGAAUUAUAAAGGCGCAGACCCUUUGGAGAGGUCAUAGCUCAAGAAAAUUCCAUGAUACCUCCAAGGUCAUUUCCAUCCGACAUUGCCUCAGGAAAGUCAACAGGAAAGCCAAAGAAGACAAGCUGUAUCACAAGACCAAGACUGCCCUGAGUUACCUUCUGGAAUAUCACAAUUAUACCCACAUUCUUAUGGCCUUAAAGAAUUCAGAGACUGCAACCAGACUUUCACCAGGGUGUUGUGAGCGCAUUGUGAACAGUGGAGCCACAUGCACCGUCUUCACCCUGAUAAGGAGCUGCGACCGCAGUGUUCCUUCCAUGGAGACCAUCACCUUGGCAAUCCAAGUUCUUUUCAAUUUAUCAAAGUACAACAAAACCAUAGAUACGGUUGAGGUGGAGGACUCUGUGGACACACUCUUGGACCUGCUCCAGAUCUACAGAGAGAAAGCUGGGGACAAGGUGGCUGACAAAGGAGGCAGCAUCUUUACCAAAGCAUUUAUUUUGGUGAUUUUGGUACAGGAUGAAGGACGUGCAAUGGGGGUAAGAACGCUUCCCAGGGCCUCAGACCGUAUAUGCAACGUUUACCACCUUACAAUACGAAAGUACAAAAUGGACACCCAGAGCACCAAAGUCAAACAGAGGAUGAAUGUCUCACAAAAUGGAAACAUCCUUCUGCAAGCCACUCCCCAGAAAUCCAAGUCAAUGGCAAGGUAUGUUUGAGAAGUCUUUACUUGAUUGUACACUAUGCAUGUGUGCUUAACUGUACGUGUUAUUCUAACCACUAAAAGCUAGCUAGCCAAGCUGUGUCACCGACUUUAUAAAUUCCCUAUAAUUCUGUAAGCUCUAUAUUGUUGGAGAGUAAGACUAGAGAUAACUUUUACUUUAAU